AUGGUGAACUUCACUGCUGAGGAAAAGGCUCUGGUCAAUGGCCUGUGGAGUAAGGUGAACGUGGAAGAUAUUGGUGGUGAAGCCCUGGGACGGCUUCUCGUUGUAUACCCAUGGACUCAGAGGUUCUUUGACAGCUUUGGGAACUUGUCCUCUGCCUCUGCCAUAAUGGGCAACCCGAGGGUCAAAGCCCACGGCAAGAAGGUGCUGACUUCUCUUGGAGAAGCCAUUAAGAACCUAGACAACCUCAAGUCUGCCUUGGCUAAACUCAGCGAACUUCACUGUGACAAGCUACAUGUGGAUCCUGAGAACUUCAAGCUCCUGGGUAAUGUGCUGGUGAUCGUUUUGGCCAGUCACUUCAGCAAGGAAUUCACGCCCGAGGUGCAGGCUGCCUGGCAGAAGGUGGUGGCUGGGGUGGCCAAUGCUCUGUCCCACAAGUAUCACUGA